CACCCCCCUCGCACUUCCCUGCGAUAAUAACAACCGACACCAUGGCGCCAACACUUACCGAAGACGAAAUUGACGACCUCAUCUAUUUCGCCCGCGCCGGCGACUUGGCCGACCUGCAGGAAUCCAUCUCCACCCUCGCGACUCGGGAAAGUGUCUCGCCCGCCGAACUACUCCUCGCCGCAAGGGACGAGGGCAAGUCGAGUCCUCUUCAUAUGGCAGCCGGGAAUGGAAACCUAGACGUCGUAACCUCCCUCCUCUCCCACUUCCCCCCCGCCCCCGAAGACCCCCAAAGGAAAACCUUCCUCGACCUCCCCAACGAAUACGGCAACACCGCCCUCCACUGGGCCAGCCUCCGCGGCCACCUCCCCGUCGUCAAGCUCCUGAUGGAAGCCGGCGCCAACCCGGCCGCCGCGAACGACAAGGACCAGAUCCCGCUGGACCUGGCCCUGU